CACUAUCAAAACUUGGGAAGGUUAGUUGUGCCUAUCAAUAACAGCACAUGCAAACAGAGUAAAGAGUCAGCAAUGUACCCCUACGCACUCCUACCCCACCCCAUAGACAGUACAAUCUUGAUGAUUUUCAUGAAAUUCAACAUGACAAAGCUCCCACUCCAAAGUUCAUAUUGUUGAUUAUAGAAUUAUACAUUUUCCUCUCUCUCUCUCUCACUCUCAAACUUCUUGUCAAAAUCAAUUUACUCUGUUUUUCUCUGAAUUCUAGAUCCAUCACUCCUCACUAUCAACCAUGGCUGAGAAGAAAACUGUAAUGGUGCUGAACGUUGAUCUCAAAUGUCCCUGCUGCUACAAGAAGAUCCAGAAAAUUCUCUGCAAGAUUCCUCAAAUUAGCGACAGGACUUUUAAUGAGAAGGAAAAUACAGUGACAAUCACUGUAAUAUGCUGCAGCCCUGAGAAAAUUCGAGACAAAUUGAUCUGCAAGGGUGGCAAGAUUAUUAAGAGCAUUGAAAUCAAAAAGGAGGCGGCUCCCAAGCCGAAGGAUGAUAAGCCGAAGGAUGACAAGCGGAAGGAUGAUAAGACGAAGCCGGCAGAACAGAAGCCGAAGGGGGCCGAGAAACUCGAGCCGAAACCAGAAGCUGCUGCCAAACCCAAAUCAAACGGCAAGGGAAAUGCACCACCACCGGCGGCGGCGGAGAAGCCCAAAGAUGCUCCUAAUCCUCAACCACCGAAGAACCCUGCACCAGUUCCACCACCUGGAGUGGGAUUGCCACUGGUUUAUCCAGUCAAUCCUUGUUGUGGGCCAUGCUACGAAGGUCGCGGCGGCGGGCCAUGCUACCAUGGUUAUGGAUUUCCGCCGCCGCCCUCACAGGUGUCUUACGACGGCAACUAUGGACCUGGAUAUGUAUACGGCAGGCCUUGCUAUGUUUCAAGGUGCGAUUACUUCAGUGAAGAGAACUCUACAGGGUGUACAAUUAUGUAAAUAAGUUACAUAAUUUUCAUGAUAAUUGGGGUCUUUCUGUUCUGUUCAAGAUUUUCAAUGGAUCUUGGGUUAUAUUUCAAAAAUUUAAAUAUUGUUAAAAUGAUAGUCAUGUGAGUGGGGGAAAAGGAAUAAUUUUAGUUAAUUACCAUAUUUCGUCGGUGGCCACAUGUUUAUUUAUUAAUAUUUGGUUAUAAUAUAAGUUGUUAUUAAUAAA